CCCAUCUCACUCAAAGCUUCUCUCUCCCUGCUUGUCUUUAAUUUCCUCAGCAAGCCAAACGUGAACCCCUUCCUUUUUAUAUGCAUCACACAAGCAAGCACAAGCAUUCCUUUACUCCUCUCGCUUUGCUGUCUUGUCCUGCCGCUCUCUGUCAUUACUGUCCCAAAUGGGGCUUCUCUUUUACGUUUUCUUCUCUUUGUUUUUCGCUUCACCACCUGUUUCCUGCUCUCGAAUUCUAACACCACAUCCUUCCGAAACGACAGUCCUUGAUGUCGCCGCCUCCAUUCAAAGAACGAAAAACAUUUUCUCUUCUGGCCCUAAAAUGUCACCGUUUAACCAGCAAGAGAAAGAAACUACCUCGUCAGAACUUACAGUAGAGCUGCUUUCUAGAACUUCCAUUCAAAAAACCACGCACACUGGCUACAAGUCGCUAACCUUAUCUCGCCUCCAGCGUGACUCUGCCCGAGUCAAAUCUCUCGUGACUCGUUUAGAUCUAGCCAUCAAUUCCAUUUCCUCGUCAGAUCUUAAACCACUUGAGACUGAUUCAGAAUUCAAACCUGAGGAUCUACAGAGCCCGAUUAUAUCUGGCACGAGUCAAGGAAGUGGUGAGUACUUCUCCCGAGUUGGAAUCGGAAAACCACCAAGUCAAGCUUAUUUAAUACUCGACACUGGUAGUGACGUUAACUGGGUACAAUGCGCACCCUGCGCUGAUUGUUAUCAGCAAGCGGACCCCAUCUUUGAGCCGGCUUCAUCGGCUUCCUUCUCAACUCUAUCUUGCAACACCAGGCAAUGCAGGUCCCUCGACGUAUCAGAAUGCCGGAAUGACACGUGUCUCUACGAGGUUUCGUAUGGGGACGGGUCUUACACCGUUGGUGAUUUUGUUACUGAGACUAUUACUCUUGGCUCAGCCCCAGUUGAUAACGUGGCUAUCGGCUGUGGACAUAAUAAUGAAGGAUUGUUCGUAGGAGCCGCUGGCUUGCUAGGGCUCGGCGGCGGCUCGUUGUCCUUCCCUUCUCAGAUCAAUGCGACGUCAUUUUCUUAUUGCCUCGUGGAUCGUGAUUCUGAGUCUGCUUCAACUCUCGAGUUCAACUCAACUCUCCCUCCUAACGCUGUCUCUGCUCCGUUGCUCCGGAACCACCAUCUUGAUACCUUUUAUUACGUUGGAUUAACGGGACUGAGUGUAGGUGGGGAGUUGGUUUCGAUUCCUGAAUCGGCGUUUCAAAUUGAUGAGUCGGGAAAUGGAGGGGUAAUUGUUGACUCGGGAACGGCCAUUACUCGGUUGCAAACGGACGUUUACAACUCUCUGCGUGAUGCCUUUGUAAAGAGAACGAGGGACUUGCCGUCGACUAAUGGGAUAGCGUUGUUUGACACGUGUUAUGAUUUGUCUUCUAAAGGGAACGUGGAGGUGCCGACGGUGUCUUUUCAUUUUCCUGAUGGAAAGGAGUUACCGUUACCGGCGAAAAACUACUUGGUUCCGCUAGACUCGGAAGGAACGUUUUGUUUUGCUUUUGCACCAACGGCUUCGUCUUUGUCAAUUAUUGGGAACGUGCAGCAGCAGGGGACACGUGUCGUUUAUGAUCUGGUUAACCAUCUAGUUGGGUUCGUGCCUAAUAAAUGCUAGUUUUUUUAACAGCUAGAGAAGUUUGAAACUUGAAGGAAGAAGGUCAUGGACAAUGUCAGUGUUGACUAAUGUUUAUGGUUGAGGUUUUUUUCUUACUGUUUCAGUUAACCCGUGGUAAGUGUUCAAGAGGGGGUUUUACCGCUUUGGAGAGAUGGGAAAGCUUCAUAAGGUACAAAAAAAGUGAUAUAGAGUGAGAGGAUGUUAAUUAAUGACCAAUGGGUGACCGUUGCCCUCUUGUCAUUUUGUGUUAUUUGAAAGAAUCAUGCAAUGAGGAGAUAUAUAGUAUUAAUUUAGUGUUUUUUUCGUGA